AUGUCGCGCCGCCCUUCGUCUGCGGGCACCCCCUCCCUCCUCUCCCCCUCCCCUAGCAGCCCUCUUGCGCCCUCCCAGAUUUCCUCGAAGCACCCCCCAGCCCCGCCCGCCUGGCGCCGCGGCACCCGCCUCUGGGUCGUAGUCCUCGUGGUAACCUUUAUCAUUUUCGAGCGCACCUCCGUCUUCGUCGCCCCGGCCCGCGCAGCCGCGGUAUCCCCCGAACUUGUCGCGCGUGACACGGCUGCUGUGGAUCAGCCUCCCGUCCGUGUUACCGUCAACGGGUCUGCGGAGCAAACGCCCGGGCGCGAAGCGAAUAUCGCCUACUUUAUUCAGAUCGCAGAGAACACCAUCGGCCAUCUCCCGCGCUUGCUUCGCCGCAUUUACCACCGCAACAAUGUCUACGCUAUACAUUUCGACCUCAAGAUUCCGCCGGCCGUUUUGCGCGAGGCCAAGGACAAGAUUCGAGCCAACCCGGAGUAUGCCAAGAAUGUCCACAUCAUGACGUCAGAGCUGAUCACGUACCGUGGCAUUUCCAUGCUGCUCAACACCAUCAAUGCCAUGCGCCUGCUCAUUGAUGAGGACGCCAAGUGGGACUACUUUAUCAACCUCUCGGGAGCCGACUACCCCCUACUUUCCGCGCAUUCGCAACGCAGCUUCCUCGGCCGCGAGAUGGGACUCAACUACUUUACCUUUGCGCCAAAGCGCACAUGGGACGCCAUGGCGGAGAACCGUCUGGCCCAGGUGUGGUAUGACGAGGGCAUUUCUUUUCGAAAGACCGCCGCAAUUGGCAAGUUAGAGCGCUUGGAUAUUCGCAAUCCGAUCGUGGACAACCGCAACUUUGACGUGUCGCACGCGGAGGCCUGGAUGAUCGCGUCACGUGACUUUUGCGACUUUGUUGUGCGGGGGGAUAUGGCCAGGAAAAUGCUUGUGGCAUUUGCGUUCGCUGCCGAUAGUUCAGAGCAUUACUUUGCAAGUCUGGCGUGGAACCAUGAAAAGUACAAAAAGUCGAUCGUCCCGCACUCGAUGCGCAUGGUCGUCUGGAUGCACAAUGGCGUUCUUGCGGGGCAGCACCCGUACUACAUCGACGAGAGGGAAGAGAAUGGCCAGUAUAAGUUCAAGCAGGAAGUGGCCACGAGUGUGUUGUUUUUCGCGAGGAAGUUUCAAGAGCCGGACUCGCCGCUUAUGGAUUUUGUCGAUCGUAGGACGGAUGAUAAAGACUUGAUGGACAAGGUUUUCGAUCAUAUCAGUAGGAAGAUUGCGGGCCGCGCGCGACGACUGGCAGAAUUGUAG